AUGGAGCCGCCCGGGCGCCGGCGGGGCCGCCCUCCUCCUCCUCCUCCUCCGCCGCCGCCUCCGCCGCCGCUGCUGCUGCCGAUCGCGCUACUGGCGCUGCUGGGAGGCGGCCGCGGCGCCGCGGCGCUGCCCCCGGGCUGCAAGCACGACGGGCGGCCGCGAGUGGCCAGCCGGGCGCCGGGGGCCGCGGAGGGCAAGGUGGUGUGCAGCAGCCUGGAGCUCGCGCAGGUCCUGCCCCCGGACACGCUGCCCAACCGCACGGUCACCCUGAUUCUGAGUAACAAUAAAAUAUCUGAGCUGAAGAAUGGUUCAUUUUCUGGGCUAAGUCUCCUUGAAAGAUUGGACCUCCGAAAUAAUCUUAUUAGUAGUAUAGAUCCUGGUGCCUUUUGGGGACUGUCAUCGCUAAAAAGACUGGAUCUGACAAAUAAUCGGAUAGGAUGUCUGAAUGCAGACAUAUUUCGAGGACUCACCAAUCUGGUUAGAUUAAACCUUUCCGGGAAUUUGUUUUCUUCAUUAUCUCAAGGGACUUUUGAUUAUCUUGGCUCAUUACGAUCUUUAGAAUUUCAGACCGAGUAUCUUCUGUGUGAUUGUAACAUCCUAUGGAUGCAUCGCUGGGUGAAGGAGAGGAACAUCACCGUGCGGGACACGCGGUGCGUGUACCCCAAGUCCCUGCAGGCCCAGCUGGUCACGGUCGUGAAGCAGGAGCUGCUGACAUGUGAUCCUCCCCUUGAGUUGCCCUCUUUCUACAUGACUCCAUCUCACCGUCAAGUCGUGUUUGAAGGGGACAGCCUUCCCUUCCAGUGUAUGGCUUCCUAUAUUGAUCAGGACAUGCAAGUGUUAUGGUAUCAGGAUGGGCGGAUUGUUGAAACUGAUGAAUCGCAAGGUAUCUUUGUUGAGAAGAAUAUGAUUCACAACUGCUCAUUGAUUGCAAGUGCCCUAACCAUUUCUAAUAUUCAGGCUGGAUCAACUGGAAAUUGGGGCUGUCACGUCCAGACCAAGCGCGGAAACAACACCCGGACUGUGGAUAUUGUCGUGCUAGAAAGCUCUGCGCAGUACUGUCCUCCCGAGAGGGUGGUAAACAACAAAGGUGACUUCAGGUGGCCCAGGACGUUGGCGGGCAUCACUGCCCACCUGCAGUGUACUCGGAAUACCCACGGCAGCGGGAUCUAUCCGGGGAGCUCGCAGGACGAGAGGAAGGCAUGGCGCAGAUGUGACCGCGGUGGCUUCUGGGCAGAUGACGAUUACUCUCGCUGCCAGUAUGCAAACGAUGUCACUAGAGUCCUUUAUAUGUUUAACCAGAUGCCGCUCAAUAUCACCAACGCCGUGGCCACGGCCAGGCAGUUGCUGGCGUACACCGUGGAAGCAGCCAACUUUUCUGACAAAAUGGAUGUUAUAUUCGUGGCUGAAAUGAUAGAGAAAUUUGGAAGAUUUACCAAAGAGGAAAAAUCGAAAGAGUUAGGGGACGUGAUGGUGGACAUCGCAAGCAACAUCAUGCUGGCCGAUGAGCGCGUCCUGUGGCUGGCCCAGAGGGAGGCGAAGGCCUGCAGCCGGAUCGUGCAGUGCCUGCAGCGCAUCGCCACGCACCGCCUGGCCAACGGAGCCCACGUGUACUCCACAUAUUCUCCCAAUAUUGCACUGGAAGCUUAUGUCAUCAAGGCGACUGGCUUCACCGGAAUGACAUGCACCGUGUUCCAGAAAGUGGCCGCCCCGGACCGCACAGGCCUGUCUGACUAUGGGAGGCGGGACCCCGAUGGAGGCCUGGAUAAGCAGCUGAGCUUCAAGUGCAAUGUUUCCAACACGUUCUCCAGUCUGGCACUGAAGAACACGAUCGUAGAAGCUUCUAUUCAGCUCCCACCGUCCCUCUUCUCACCAAAGCAGAAGAGAGAAGUCAGACCCACCGAUGACUCUCUCUGCAAGCUCCAGCUCAUCGCGUUCCGCAACGGGAAGCUGUUUCCAGCCACCGGGAACUCCACCCACCUGGCUGAUGAUGGGAAACGGCGCACCGUGGUGACCCCCGUGAUUCUCACCAAAAUAGACGGCGCACCCGUUGGCGGCCACCGUGUCCCCGUGAACGUGACCCUGCGGCGCAUUGCGCACGGGGCCGAUGCCGUGGCCGCGCAGUGGGAUUUCGACCUGCUGAACGGACAGGGUGGCUGGAAGUCCGACGGCUGCCACAUUCUCUACUCGGACGAGAACAUCACCACCAUCCAAUGCUUCUCCCUGAGCAACUACGCCGUGCUGAUGGACCUGACGGGAUCUGAGCUCUACACCCAAGCCGCCAGCCUCCUGCACCCCGUGAUCUACACCACUGCCAUUAUUCUCCUCCUGUGCCUCUUGGCGGUCAUCGUCAGCUACAUGUACCAUCACAGUUUGAUCAGAAUCAGUCUCAAGGGCUGGCACAUGCUUGUGAACUUGUGUUUGCAUAUUUUCCUGACCUGUGUGGUCUUUGUGGGAGGCAUCACCCAGACCAGAAAUGCCAGUGUUUGCCAAGCGGUUGGAAUUCUCCUUCAUUAUUCCACCCUAGCCACAGUGCUGUGGGUGGGGGUGACGGCUCGCAACAUCUACAAGCAGGUCACGAGGAAAGCGAAAAGAUGCCAGGACCCCGAUGAACUGCCUCCGCCCCCCAGACCAAUGCUCAGGUUCUACCUGAUCGGGGGCGGUAUCCCCAUCAUCGUCUGUGGGAUCACGGCGGCGGCCAACAUCAAGAACUACGGCAGCCGGCCCAGUGCACCCUACUGCUGGAUGGCCUGGGAACCGUCCCUGGGAGCCUUCUACGGGCCCGCCGGCUUCAUCACCUUCGUGAACUGCAUGUACUUCCUCUGCAUCUUCAUCCAGCUGAAAAGGCACCCCGAGCGCAAGUACGAGCUGAAGGAGCCCGCCGCCGAGGAGCAGCAGAGGCUGGCGGCCACCGAGAACGGCGGCGUGGGCGUGGGCGAAGUGGCCCAGCAGGACUCCAUGUCCCUGUCCCUGAUAUCCGCUUCGGCGCUGGAGAACGAGCACUCAUUCCAGGCGCAGCUGCUGGGCGCCGGCCUGGCCCUGCUCCUCUAUGCCGCCCUGUGGCUGUGCGGGGCGCUGGCGGUCGCCCUGCCUUACCCCUUGGACCUGGUGUUCAGCUUCUUCUUCGGGGCCACGUGCCUGAGCCUCGGCGCCUUCCUCGUGGUGCACCACUGCGUGACCCGCGAGGACGUGCGGCUCGCCUGGAUCCUGACCUGCUGCCCGGGCCGCAGCGCCUACUCGGUGCAGGUCAACGUGCAGCCCCCCGCCGGCUCCUGCGGCGGCGGCACCAACGGCGAGGCCCCCAAGUGCACGCACGGCGGCAGCACCACCGCCGAGUCCUCCUCGUGCACCAACAAGAGCGCGUCCAGCUUCAAGAACUCAUCCCAGGGCUGCAAGCUGACCAACCUGCAGGCGGCGGCGGCCCAGGGCCAUCAUGCCAACGCGCUGCCUGCCAACGCCGCCCCGCAGCUGGACAACAGCCUGACGGAGCACUCGGUGGACAACGACAUCAAGAUGCACGUGGCGCCCCUCGAGGUCCAGUUCCGGGCCAACGUGCACCCGGGCCGGCAUCACAAGAACAGAAGCAAGGGACACCGGGCCAGCCGGCUGACGGUGCUGCGGGAGUACGCCUACGAUGUGCCCACGAGCGUGGAGGGCAGCGUGCAGAACGGCCUGCCCAAGAGCCGGGGCGCCGGCGGCGAGGGCCACUCCAGGAGCCGCAGGGCGUACCUGGCCCACAGGGAGCGGCAGUGCAACCCGCCCCAGCAGGACAGCAGCGACGCGGCCAGCACGCUCCCCAAAAGCAGCCGCAACGUGGACAAGGCGGUGCCUGGGAGCAGCGGUAAGAAGGAUGCCUUCAGGAAGGCGGCUGCCGUUGAACUUGAUAGUCAGCAGAAGUCUUACGGCCUCAACUUGGCCACCCAGAAUGGACCAGUCAAAAGCAGCGGCGGCGGCGGCCAGGAGGGGCCCUCGCUGGGCGCGGACGGCACUGGCAACGUGAGGACCGGGCUCUGGAAGCACGAAACGACUGUGUAG